CAAAAGUGGCACAACCCGCGAAUUUAUUGUUACAUUACAAACACGUAUUUUUAUUAUAGAUUACUGAAUAAAAUUCAAUAUUAAACAUGAAAUUCCGGGCUGUAAUGAUAGAUGCUGGGCCAAUGCGGGAGUUUUCAAAUGUUGUAACGAUUAUAUCGAAGCUAUCCAAAGAAUGUGUAUUAAGACUGAGUGAUGAUCUGAUAUAUUUUAUUGUGAGUGAAGAAAAUAGCGGGCCAAGUCCGCCUAUACUAUGGUGUGAAAUACCUCAAGCAAUGAUAUGCUCAGAGUACCAAUUAAUCGGCUUAGAUGAAGAACAUAAGGAUAUUUAUUUAGCUUUAAAUUCAGGUAACUUAGCGAGAUCCCUAGUCACAUUGAAAACGGCUAAGUCAUUAAAGAUGAAACUUACUAAGAAACAAUGUCCGUGCCUUACUUUAGAAAUUGAAUCGCCUUGCACAGUAUCGCAGCAGACUCGCCAAGUGACUCAUGAUAUACCUGUGACAGUGGUGCCGAGGAAACUGUGGAGUGACUUCCAUGAGCCAAGGGUUCCUGACCCUGAUAUAUCAAUAGAAUUACCACCACUAAAGCAGCUUCGGACGACCAUAGAUAGAAUGAAAACAAUGGCAUCAGAGGUGGUCAUCAGGGCGUCUGCGGAAGGAAGACUCACAUUACAAAUUAAAACUGAUAUGGCUAAAGUCUCCACAAGGUUUAAAGGAUUACGAGUAGAAGCCUUUGGAGGGCCCAUAGAACAUUCAGAUUCAGAAACGGAGACUCAAAUAAACGAGGAUAUGUCCAGAGUAUGCUACUGUCGUGUGGACGCAAAGAAACUAUCAAUGUUCCUCAGUGCUGAACAAAUAUCUACCAACAGCACAGUUUGCAGUAUAGUACAUAAGAAACUAGUGAUUCUAUGUUUGCAAACAGAUGAGAAUAUUAAACUACAGUGUUUUAUAAGUGGAAUUGUGUAUUGAUGAAUAAAUUAUUAUUAUUGUUUUAUA